AUGGCAGUCCCUGCUUUGCUCAUUCUCUAUGGCAGCCAGACCGGGACGGCCCAGGACACAGCUCAGAGGAUUGCGAGGCAGGCGCUGAGAAGGCGUCUCCGAGUGCAUUUGUCUAGCCUUGAUGACUACAAUGUUGCUAACUUGAUCUCCGAGUCACUUGUUGUUUUUGUCUGCUCUACCACUGGCCAAGGAGACCCUCCCGACAACAUGAAGAUCUUCUGGAGAUUCCUCUUCAGGAAAUCUUUACCUCUUGGAUCUCUGUGUCAAGUGGACUGUGCUGUACUAGGCCUGGGAGACUCUUCUUAUCCUAAGUUCAAUUUUGUGGCCAAGAAGCUCCACAAGCGUCUUGAACAGUUGGGUGCUACAAUGUUACUACCUGUUGGGCUAGCUGAUGACCAACAUGACCUGGGGCCCGAUGCAGUGAUUGAUGUGUGGUUAAAGUCAUUUUGGGAAAAAGCCUUUGCCCUGCACCCACGUUUUGCGGAUAUGAUCCCACUGAGAGACGAUGAGCCGCUUCCUCCAACAUACACCUUUAAUUUCCUGGAUGAUGUAAACGAGAAGACAGAUAACUGUCAAAGAAUUCCUACCCAGCAAACUGGCCUCUCUGAAGGGAAUCCCUUUCAUGCCAAAUUGCUGUCCAAUGAGAGAGUAACUGACCCGGUGCAUUUUCAAGACGUGAGGCACAUUGAUUUUGACAUCACGGGAUCUAACAUAGAUUUUACUGCAGGUGACGUUGUUAUGAUGCGUCCUUGCAACGCCGCCGAAGAUGUUCAGGAAUUCUGUAAUCUGUUGGGAUUAAAUCCAGAGGCCAGAUUUUCUCUUACAGCAACAGAUACUGCUUUCUGCUCAGUUCCUACGAGGCUUCGGCAGCCAUGUACGUUGCGUGACCUGGUGGAACGCUACCUAGACAUUGCAGCGGUGCCUCGUCGCUCCUUCUUCGAACUGCUUGCCACCGUCUCCACAAAUGAGUUGGAGCGGGAAAAGCUGAUUGAGUUCAGCUCAGCAGAAGGUCAGGAGGAUCUGCACAUAUACUGCAAUCGACCGCGCCGAACAGCAUUAGAGGUCUUAGCAGACUUUCCCCAAACAACAGCACAACUCAAAGUGGACUACCUGCUGGAUCUUUUUCCUGAGAUCCAGCCACGUUCAUUUUCCAUUGCUUCCUCUCUCCGGGCUUACCCACACAGGCUCCAGAUCCUGGUAGCGGUUGUAAAAUAUAAAACCAAGAUCUAUAAACCACGAAGAGGCCUCUGUUCCACGUGGUUGGCCUCGCUUGACCCCACAAUAGGAGAUGUCUUUGUGCCCCUCUGGGUCAAAAAGGGAAGUCUCAAGUUUCCCACAGAAACAAACAUCCCUGUGAUCAUGGUUGGACCUGGAACAGGAGUGGCACCCUUUAGGUCAGCUUUACAAGAGAGGAUUGCCGAAGGUAAAAAUGCCAAUGUCCUUUUCUUUGGCUGUCGAUCAGAGUCUAAAGACUUCUACUUCAGGUCCGAGUGGAAGGACAUGACAAAAAAUGGACAAUUGACCCUUUUCACAGCUUUUUCUCGGGACCAGGAAGAAAAAGUUUAUGUGCAGCAGCGUGUGCGAGAAAACGCGCUGCUCAUUUGGGACUUGAUCGCAAAUAAAGGUGCCUACUUUUACAUUGCUGGGAAUGCUAAAGACAUGCCAAAUGGUGUGUGCGAUGCACUGAAGGCGGUGUUUCAACAGAAUGGAGGUCUUUCCUCUGAGGAUGCGGAGAAGAUGCUAGCGGGCAUGGAGAAGUCUGGAAAAUUCCAGAGUGAGACCUGGUCCUGA